UGGUGGAAUGACAGGAUAGAUUGGAGUUGUUUGCACAUUUUUCCCGUUAGAAGCGGCUCUGCAGUCCUCCUGAUACUCCGAGUCCUGUAUUCCCUCCAUCCGAACCAGUCCCCCUCCCAAUUUUAACCUUUCUGAAGCCAAGAGGCAUCUUAACAGGUUAAAAGGACUUGCCGGAUGCCGGGCAUCUGCGUGGGUGGGGACGCAUCCAUCGGGCGCUGUUUGAUGCUGUGAAAAUGCAGCGGUGUGAUUAUCCCAUCACUUAGGACACUGGAACUUUACACUUCGAUCUCCAGUUGUCUUUAAAAAAGCAGCUUUAAAAGAUAAUGCUGUGAUGCAGCAGGACCGUAAAAAGGUUUAUAGGAAUAUUUACUAAGGGUUUGCUGUCUGCCUGACGUGGUUCCAAUUCCUGUCACAGCCUGGUAGAGUAUUGUUAUCCGCUUUGUAGGGGUGAAGAACCUGAAGCUCAGAGAGUCGCAGAGCCUUAGAGAUUUUAAAUACAGCUGUCGGGAUUUUAACCCAAGCCGUCUGGUUGGAAAGCUUGGCCUCCUAACUCCGAAGUCUGUACCCAGGCCGAAGGUACUUGCAGCUUGCAAGGAGGGAAGUCAAGGCACGGUUUAUGCUUGUUUGUAGAUCUUUGGCUGUUUGUGUAUGUGCGUUUGGAACUCGGGGACAGCCACAUCCAAGGGCAUUGAUUGUACUUAUCCCCACAUUGAUGCCAAAUCUUUGUUUUUGGAUCCUUUGCAGUUUAAAAUUUAUUCCUGCAAGCUCUGGAGUUCUUACUAUGUGAUUGGUGCUUCUGGUUCCCUCCUCUUCUGCCUUUUGCUCCCCAAGAAGAAUACAGAGCAUGCGCUCAGGCCUCCUCAGCUGGCUGCCUCCCCGGGAGGCAGUGCUUAAUUUAAGAGUGAAAUCAGUUUUUCGGAGUUGUUAAAUUCAUAGGAGCCCCCAGCUUCUGGUGACGUGGGGACACACCAAUGUCCUGAGGGCAGGAGAUUGUGCUCAGAGGAGUCGACACCUGUGAAGCCUCUCAGUACACAUCUGGCAGUUCUCUCCUGAAGUGGACAGGCCCCAUUGUGGGGGGGGGGCAUCGUCAUGCUGCAGCAGCUCCUCAUCACCCUGCCCACGGAGGCCAGCGCGUGGGUGAAGUUGCACCAUCCAGAGAAGGCCAAGGAGGGGGCGCCCCUGUGGGAGGACGUGACUAAGAUGUUUGAAGGAGAAGCUCUGCUCUCUCAGGAUGCUAAGACCCAGGGAGAAAGUUCGAAGGAUGGAUUCACCUCUCGGUUGCCAGCAGCAGAAUCCCAGGAACUGUUAACCUUCAAGGAUGUAUCUGUGGACUUCACCCAGGAAGAAUGGGGACAACUGUCCCUUGCUCACCGGAAUCUAUACCGGGAGGUGAUGCUGGAGAACUAUGGGAACCUGGUCUCAGUGGCAGGAUAUCAGCUUUCCAAACCUAGUGUGAUAUCCCAGUUGGAGAAAGGACAAGAACCAUGGAUGACAGAGAAAAAGGGCCCAGGAGAUCCCAGUCCAGACUUGAAGAAUAAAACAGAAACCGAUGCAUCAACUGCAAAGAAUGACAUUUUCCAGGAACAGUUAUAUCAUGGUAUUAUGAUGGAAGGGUUCCUGAGAGAUGAUGUCAUCUAUUCCACAUUGAGAAAAGUUUCUAAAUAUGAUGGUGACUUAGAAAGGCACCCGGAAACCCAUGGAAGAGAUGUAAGGCAAGCCAUCCUGACCCACAAGAAGAGUGGCCAAGAAACUAACAAAUUUGGGGAAAAUAUUGUCAGUUCAAAAGUUAUUGUAGAGCAGAGGCACCGCAAAUGUGAUACACCUAGACAGAGAAACAAAUACAAAUUAGACUUGAUCAAUCAUCCAAGUUACAUAAAAACAAAAACCUAUGAAUGUAAUAUAUGUGAAAAAAUCUUCAAACAACCCAUUCAUCUUACUGAACACAUGAGAAUUCACACUGGUGAAAAGCCUUUCAGGUGUAAGGAAUGUGGAAGAGCCUUUAGUCAAAGCGCAUCCCUUACUACACACCAGAGGAUCCAUACUGGCGAGAAACCCUUUGAAUGUGAAGAAUGUGGCAAAGCCUUCAGACAUCGCUCAUCUCUUAAUCAGCAUCAUAGAACUCACACUGGAGAGAAACCCUAUGUAUGCAAUAAAUGUCAGAAAGCUUUCAGCCAGAACAUUAGCUUGAUCCAACACUUGAGAACUCAUUCUGGAGAGAAACCCUUUACAUGCAAUGAAUGUGGGAAAACCUUCCGACAGAUUAGACAUCUUAGUGAACAUAUAAGAAUUCACACUGGGGAGAAGCCCUAUGCAUGCACUGCGUGUUGUAAAACCUUUAGUCAUAGAGCGUAUCUAACACAUCACCAGAGAAUCCAUACUGGGGAGAGACCCUACAAAUGUAAGGAGUGCGGGAAAGCCUUUAGGCAGAGGAUACACCUUAGCAACCAUAAAACUGUUCAUACAGGAGUGAAAGCAUAUGAAUGCAACCGCUGUGGAAAAGCCUACAGGCAUGAUUCAUCCUUUAAGAAACAUCAGAGACACCACACCGGAGAAAAACCUUAUGAAUGUAAUGAAUGUGGAAAAGCCUUCAGCUAUAAUUCAUCACUUAGUCGACACCAUGAGAUACACAGGAGGAAUGCCUUUCAAAAUAACAUGUAAAAAUAGAUUAUUCAACAUGAGAGCAAGAGCUAACUCUAAAUCAGUGACUCUGUGCUUUUUAAUUACAUGAUUCUAAAUUUGAGGAAUUGAUAUCAUGAUGCCAGCUUUUAAUUUUGUCCAUUGUGUAAAUAAAUAGUACAUUGACUCCUGUAGAUAACUACUAUCUACUAACAUCUCCAUACAAAGUACUUAAUCAAGAAUAAAGGAUGUUAUGUUCCUUCAAAUUAAAUCCAGCAUUAUGGAAAAUGCACAUGUAAUUGUUAUCUUUCUGAUUUCAUGUGGAAUAAUUAUUCACGUGCAUUCACUGAUUUAUAGACAACGAUUGGGAAGAACUGUUGAAAAUAUCACCACCCCUAUUUUUUAAGUAAAUUUUUAUUUUUUUUAAUGGGGAAACUUAAGAAUCAUGUAAAACUCAAAAGGCAUAGACAGUUGUGUAAGUGAAAAUCCUUUUCUUAUAUCCUCCACCAUCAAAUUUUUUAUAGAGGGAAUCACUUUUUAUAACUAAUUAUUUUGUGCACCUGUCCAGAGAUUUUUCUAUUUGUAUCCAAAAGAAUACAAAUGAUGCAAAUGCAGACUUUUUCUUUUUAAGCAUAAAUGACAACAUUUUGUAAACACCUCUGCACAUUACUUUUGUAAACACCUCUGCACAUUACUUUUAUUAAUUAACCAUGUAUCAUGAAGGUCAUUACAUAUUAGUAGACAAAGUGCCUACCCAUUCUUUUUUUAACAACUGUGUAGUAUUCUGUGGUUUGAAUGUACUUUAGUUUACUUAGCCACUUCACUAUGGUCGGACUUUGGGAUUUCCAGUCUUUUGUUGGAGUGAAUAGUCUUAAACCUUGUCUUUAUUUCUCACACUUGUAAGUAUAUAUAUAUAUAUCUAUGUAGGGUAAAUUCUGAGAACUGGAAUCUCUGUACUAGAGGGUAUGUGCAUUUGUAUGAUGGAUAUUGCCAGACUGGCUUUCAUGCAGACAUUGGACCAACUUAUUUGCCUGCCAGCAAGAUAGAGAACUGUAGGAGCCACCUGAUGCUGAAGUAUGUCCUGGACCAACUGCCCUUUCGAUCAUCAAAGAAUUAUCAGUUUGUCUCACUAACUUAGCGCAGAAGUACCAGCUGACCUGCAUCCCCAAAAAGAGCGGUGCUUGCCAUUCCUGGAGCCAGAGAGGAAUCUGAAUCUUCCUGAACAGCAGCCAGGCCCACCAAAAUCUCAGCUGGAGGAGAAGGCCUUUUGCCAUCAACUGCUCUAAUGCCUGACUUCUGAGGCUGGAGCUUCUUGAUCAAUGAGAGUCCGUUUCCAUCUGUCUUAGCAAGUAAAAUCUUGGCUGUCGCCCCUCUGAUGGAAUGGAGGGACACUGACAGUUGAGUCAGGGUACUUAGGAUAGCAGGGUGUGCCAUGGAUGAUCAACUGCUUAGCAUUUUAUAGGAUGGUUAUGUUAGCAACUUAUAGUUAACACACGUAGGAAGACAGAAAAGAGGUAGGGUGUGACUUUCUAAUAAGCAUUAAUGAAUGAAUGAGAGCAUUAAUUAACAUUGCUUAUGUUGUGAAAGCUGAGCACCAAGAUCAGGACCACAUGGUUUUGUACAUGUUCAUUUUUCCAGCCUGGUAAACGUUUAUUAAAGUUUUAGUGACUCUGAAA